GAGCUCAGAUCAGCCCGGCGGGCGGCGCAUUGCUACCUGGCUGGGAUCCUGCAGGCUUUUCCAGCCGGAGUUUGAGAAGUGCUCUGGACUUCCUGGUACGGGACCAUGGACAUUUUCUGCUCCACUUUGGCCGGGCAAAACCCCGCAGCGAUGUGAUAGAGGCGGACGCGUCGAGUUGAGAGAGCAAGGUCAUGAGUGCCUCUAGGAAAGACCCAGUGGAGAAUAACCUCACCUGUCCAAAGCCCCGCCCUACCUGGGCCUCGCCCUGCCCCCCACCCCUGGCCUCCCACUAUGACGUCUGAUACUGAGCACGAUGCGGCAGAGAAACUUGAACAGGAACGGGCCGAGAUAGUCGCCAAAUAUGACAAGGGAAAAGAGGCCACCGUGGAGCCCUGGGAGGACACUAACUUCCACCUGUACAAAGUCAUCGACCGCUUUGGCUUCCUCCAUGAAAAUGAGCUGCCGUCCUAUGACUCAGUGGAGGAGAAGCAAAAACACACAGAGGUGGAGAGGACCACCAAAUGGCUGAAGAUGCUGAAGAGUUGGGACAAAUACAAGAACAGUGAGAAGCUGGUGAGGAGGAUCUAUAAGGGAAUUCCCCUGCAGCUCAGAGGGGAGGUGUGGUGUUUGCUCCUCGACAUUCCCAAAAUAAAGGAGGAGAAGAAAGACUUCUAUGAGAAACUGAAGGUCAGAGCGAGAGGACUUUCCCCUGACAUCCGGCAGAUUGACCUGGAUGUGAACCGAACCUACCGGGACCACAUCAUGUUCAUGCAUCGCUAUGAUGUCAAGCAGCAGGCUCUGUUCCACGUCCUCACAGCCUACUCCAUGUACAAUACGGAGGUGGGCUACUGCCAGGGAAUGAGUCAGAUCACAGCGCUGCUGCUCAUCUACAUGAAUGAAGAGGAUGCCUUCUGGGCCUUGGUCAAACUACUGUCUGGGCAGAAGCAUGCCAUGCAUGGCUUUUUUGUCCCUGGUUUUCCAAAGCUGAUGCGCUUCCAGGAGCACCAUGAUCGUAUCCUCAAGAAGAUGAUGCCUAAACUGAAACAGCACCUGGACAACCAGGAGGUGUUUACCAGUCUCUACACCAUGAAGUGGUUCUUCCAAUGCUUCCUGGACAGAACACCCUUCACCCUCACCCUAAGAAUCUGGGACAUCUAUAUCUUGGAGGGCGAGAGAGUGCUGACCGCCAUGUCCUACACUGUCCUCAAACUGCACAAGAAGCACCUGAUGAAGCUGUCCAUGGAGGAGCUGGUAGAGUUUCUUCAGGUGACUUUGUCCAAAAACUUCUUCUUUGAGGAUGACUUUGUGAUUGAGCAGCUACAGAACUCCAUGACAGAGCUCAGGAGGGCAAAGCUGGAGCUGCCCGCACCAGGUAAAGAGGAAGAGUUUCCCAAGAAGCCUCUAGGGCAGCUUCCUCCUGAGCUGGCAGCACCGGUGGCAAAUCACGUGGCUAAUGGUCAGAGCCAUGCUGAGCCAGCCGAGCCUCCCAGGGACCCCAGUCCUCUGCCAGACCGCCAGCGGGACAGCCGGCCCCCCAGCCGGGCACGUCGGGACUCCUUGGACAAGCUGAUCCGCCAGCACAAGGCUGACAGGAGGGAGUCUCGCAGCAGGGGAUCAGGUGAGAUUCCCACCGAGCAGCGAAGGCAUCCCACCCCCUUGGCUUCCACCAUCACCACUCCUGAGAGGGGGGUGACGCCGCCUCCAGCCCCAACCCCAACCCCUACCCCAGCACCACAGCACAUCCUAGCAGCGGAGGGUGGGAGGUCUCAGAGCCACGCCUCUGCCAACAACUCCAACGCGGCCUUCAGCUCUCGCAGGGAGAUCACUCCCCGCUGGGUCAAGCCCUCUGAGACCAAACUGGAGGCAGCCAAAGCGGCGGCCAUCGCAGCAGCAGCCCGAGACACCCAGCUGAGCAGAGGAGUGUCCCCGGCCCCCUCCAGCCCAGAUGACCCCAUGCUGGCCCACCGCCGGCCCCGCUCCAGGGGCUUUGUCCCCGGUUCCAACCGCGGCUCCAAUGCCUCUCAGUAUGACAAUGUGCCAGGACUGCCUGAGCAGGACUUUGAGGUCAUGGAGCUGGAGAGACCUCCGUCCAGAAUGAGGACCCUUCGUAGCGAAACCUCCUUCAGUACGUCGUCCCUCCACCAGAACAGCCCUAGCCGCACACCCAGCCACACUGGGAGUGUCAUCGCCAUCACAACAGGGUCCAGGAUGGCCAAACACCCUCUUCCCCCACCACUUUCCCUCAACAGUCCAACAGGGGUCCAGGCAGGCUACCCCAACACGCAGUCCCAGUACCACACCCCUCCCCAGCAAUACUCCCCCAACAGGCCAACCAUGGUGCCCCUCUUCCAUCCCUCCUACAGCGUAAACAUGGAAAACAGGGGAGAGGACAGACUCUAUGCUCCACCUUCCCGAAUUCCCCCCUCCAGCCUGGUGUAUGGUGGGGACCGGGCGUAUGCCACCACUCAGCGCCAGCCCAACAACCUCUCCCCAGAGAAGGCUCUUAUGAACAACUCCUAUGCCACCUACCGGAAGCAGCCGCCUAGCUCCGCCCAUGACCUGCAAAACGCAAGGCCUCCUCUUGAGCGCCCCCUGCAGCUGGAAAGCCCAGGCAACUCCACCCCCGUCUACCUGCGCCAGCCCACUCGGCUCAACUCCACCACACAAAUCUACACUCAAGCAGACUUCAGGUUCGAGGGGCACCGGAGAGGUGAGCUGAACACACACUACCAGCCAGAGGGGCUGGAGCGGGCGGAGGACGAGCUUCCCCCUCGGUCGCCCGGAGGGAUGCCCCGCUCACCCAGCUUCCAGAGGGCCCAAAUGUCUCCCGUCCAGGAGUUCACCUUCCCCCCAAGCCCUGACGACCUGCUUCACUACAGGACACAGUUCCAGGAGCAGCAGCCCGUAAUAAGGCAGCAGCUUCCCCAGCUAUUCGGAGGACCACACUACAGGCACGCACAGGAGGCGUUUGCCAUGCAGGAGUCCAUGUUGCUGUGACUGGAUGAGGGAAUGAGAGAGAGAGACAGAAAAAAGAUGGAGGGACACUGAAAAAAAAAACAAAAGUGUAGUCACUGACACUGUGGCAAAGACAAGCAGUAGUCCUAGCAUUGUUAGGAACCUUGUUUUGUUCUGUCGCCUUGUGCUUUAUGUGUGAAGUACUGACCUUCUGACCGUCAUGCUGCAUCGUAAAGCUGCAGGACACACCAGCCUCUGACAUUUUUAUUGAUCAUGUUAAAAAACAAAAAAACUGACUGAAGAUUUUAUUUUAUUUUUGGAUGUAAAUCAUUAAUGAGAGGUGACAGUAUAUAUAUCUUUUAGAGUUUGAAAUGUACAGUAAUUUUUUUUGUUAAUAUACUGAGUUGUUAAACUUAUCAGUAGUAGGGGAACGUUCUCCUAAAGAGCAAAACUCAGAUUUAUCUUCUUUUUCCAUCUUUAUUUUUUUAUAUGUUAGCUCCAGAUAUUUACAUUAGAGGCUGAUUUACUCUAUAUGCUUGUUAAUAUGUUAUUUUUCAAAGAGAAGAAAUAAUAUUAUGUCAAAAGAUUAGAGAAUUAGAGGCAGUGAUGACUGGGUCACUGGAAGUCAUGAUUUCCAUUUCGAUUUUGAAGCUCCCCCAUUGUAUUAAGACCAGGGUCAUUUUUUACUUUUAUUUUCAUUUUUCAAGGAGAUAAUUUUGUUAUUGCUUUGUUUCAGCAAUAACUGUUAUUCCUGUUGUGCAAUGCAUUUCUUAUUCCCUCAUGAAGUACAGUGCAUUGUGUAUUUACAUGGAUUUGAGGCCAGUGUAGUUUUUAGUGAAAUUCCUACUCAAGGAAUACUGUGCUAUUUCGCAAGGGCUCCUGAGAUCCCAUUUUUGUUUGUGUGUUUUUGAUGUGAUGGUUUAAAAUCCUCUGAUUUAUUAUGUAACCAUAGGUAACACAGGUUUGAUAGAUGCUGUACUGUAUUUUCCAAAUCUUCAGCACAUGCAGCAAGAGAUGGUUGUGAGCUAGUAUAUGCAGCAAGUUUGCUUUAGUUAUGUCUUAUUAUUCUCAACACUGUCAUAUCAACUACUGUUCAGCUACUGGCACUUAACACUGGCAUAGGCAGUCAUCCCACACACACACACACACACACACACACACACACACACAUAUACACAUACACACACACUACAUAGUCACCCCUGUGUAAGUCACACAUUUCAAUACUUAAUCGAGUAUCAUAUUUGUUUCAAACAUUUGUUUUGAAAAAGUUGUCAUUCUCAAACAGUACUGACAUACUGUUUAUUACAUUCCCCUAAGUUAUCUUUUUUUUUUUUUUUUUUUUGAACAACUAACCGCAGACGACUCUGAUACUUUGCUUAAUAAAACAGAUGGGGUGAAAAUGAA